AUGGCAGUGUACCUUGACUGCCGUCUGGAAGACGCGGCUCUGUCGUCUGCGGCCAAGACGCGACUGUCCUGUUACCGUGCAGGGGCCCUGUUCGCAUUGGCCUUCCGAGAAAGGGAUGCGGGAGGUGUGCGUUUGCUAUCUGAAGACGGUGUGCCGCUGCCCAGCGAACUUCCGCGAAAGCAAGGAGCUCAGGUGAGCGCCCUGUCGUGGCACCCUUGGGCACCGCUGCUGGCGCUGGGAUGGGACAGCGGCGAGGUGUGCGUGUGGGACGAGCGCCGGGCGUCGCUGCACGAGCCGCAGACUCAGCACAAGCGCGCCGUGGCCAGGCUCUUAUGGAACGGCGCCGGCACGCGACUGGUGUCUAUCGACGCCGUGGGCACCUGCAUCGGCUGGAAAGCGGCCAGGGCGGCCAACGGAGGCGUCUCCUUUGCCACGGCCUUCUACCACGAGCUCAGGGACUCGCUGGUAGCCCUAGCCUUCAGGGACCACCGGCGACGACGCACACACAACCGGAGCGUGGAGCAUGAAGGCGGCGAGGAGGAGGUGUUCCUGUCGUCGAACUGGGGAAACGAGGGGUCCUUUGGACUGACGGACGACGAGGCGACGUCCAAUGACUUUUACGUGGGCUCAACGACGGGAGUCAUCUACUUCGUCAGUGAGAACGGGAGCUGCGGCGACGUGUAUCAGAUGGACGCAGGCAUUGCACGUCUUCUGCACGACGUUUCCAGAGACGCCCUCGUAGUCGUCACCGACACGUUGACCCUAGCUCAGUUUUCCAUAGCAGACGACGGCUCGUUAUCCGAGCAGAGUCGUUUCAAAGUUAGCGGACACGGUACGGACAUGGCGGUCACGUGGGUCGCUGUCCAAGACGGAGUCAUUGGCAUAGCGGCCGGUGAAGCAAGCGUCCGCUUGCUGAACCUCGAGACCGGAGAGACCACGGUGCUCUCGCUCCCAGACGCGGACUACGGCGAAGCAGUGUCGUGUAUAACCGCAGAUGCGCCCGGAAGGACUUUGAUCGUGGGCACGAAUCGCGGCCGGGUCGUCGUGUGGACGCUAACAGAAAACAGCGCGGGCAGUACCCAUUGGCGAUCGCAGUUGGCCGCCAGUUUACGUAGUCCCAUUCGAGAACUGGCGUGGUGCGAUACUCACCGGAUCGCCGGCACCCUGACGAUUGAGGAUUUGUUUCUUCUGAUCGAACAAGAAGCUUGCUUCAGUUUUCGGGAAGGUUGCCUAGCUCUUCAAACAGCCGCCAAACAAGUAUUUGUGGACGGUGUCUCCGGCAACUGUCAGAUUAUUCUGCAAACCGAAAUUCCCGUUAAGUCAUUGUUCGUCAGUCGGCACCACAUCGCUGUGUCCAACGGCAAACGGCUGUUUUUCUAUGAGAUGCUGCCAAGUAGCAAGUCAGCCAAGUUCUUAGGAGCCAUGAACACGGCAUCUUCACUCAUUGGACUGCAUGAAGCGAGCGUCUACCUCGUAGAGAACGGCAAGCUCAACGCCAAGACAUUCCAGGGCAUUCUUAAGCAGGCAAUUCCUAUCUCGGAAGAAGAUGUGAGUGCAGUCUGCCUCGAUAUAUCGGGGAUUUUUCUCGCCCUUGGCUUAUCCAACGGCCGUGUUCGCGUCUGGGACUUGAGCAGGCGAGAGGCCAAACUCCACGCGGAACUGAAGACAGCGCUUGUUGCCAAGAGGAACGAUGGGCCCCUCUACAAAAUCUCUAGCAUCAAGUGCAACUGCACCGGCAAUAAAGUGAGCAUUCUCGUUGUAGAGGACAUCGCGCCACAUCGCACUGCACGACGCGAAGGUUGCACUCUUUACGUCUGGAGCAUAGAAGACGACUCACUGUUCGAAUUCAGUUUCGCCACUGGCGAAAGUAGCAAAGGACAAGCUGUCGGCGACUCGCCAUCCAGCGGCACGGUACGCGACCGAGCUCCGAUUUCGCAUUACUGGGACGAAAGUGAUCCCAGACUACUUGUUUGUGAAGCUCGGAGUGCACCGAGCGGUCGUACCCAAAUCGAUGCGCCCGGAAAUCGCGAACCACACGUGGUGGUGGUGUCCCUUUUUGUAACCACCGAACACGGCAUUUUGGAGCAAGAUGUCUUCCCGCUUGAUGACAAAUUCAGACUAAUGGGCGUACAGGUUCCAUUCUUUUAUCUUUUGGCCAAGCAUUCUGAUGACGUCAGCGAACCAGGGGCGGCUGAGAAAGUUCCUGGCUCGAAACAUAUCUUCCGGCUCCCAAUGCGCGAUUUUGUCGGGUUUCAAGACUGUGACGACACGGUGCGCGACGCCAUCAUGACGUUCAGCUUCUUCAUGACCCUUCGGGACAUGGACGAGGCUUUCAAGGCAAUAAAGGCCAUCAAAAAUGAGGCAGUCUGGGAAAACAUGGCGCGCAUGUGCGUGAGAACCAAGCGGCUCGAUGUGGCCAAGAUAUGCCUCGGCAAAAUGGCUCAUGCGCGUGGGGCUUGGUCCCUGAGACGAGCCAUGGAGACUGAGCCCGAGCUGGAAGCACAAACGGCCAUCCUGGCGCUCCAGCUUGGCAUGGUGCAGGAGGCUCAGGAUUUACUCGAAAGCUGCAGCCGCUACGACUUGCUGGUCAGGGUUCUAGAAGACUCUGGUCAGUGGGAGCGAGCCAUAGACGUCGCCCGACAGCACGACCGAAUUCGUUUGCGAGCCACAUACCAUAACUACGCGAAACACCUCGAGGCUUCUGGUGACAUCGAGAAAGCGGUAGCGGCGUACGAGAAAGCUGACACGCAUCUGUUCGAUGUGCCUCGCAUGCUCUUCGACGACCCGCAGGCGCUGGAGCAAUACGUUCGGGCCAGCGGAAGCCCCGACAUGAUCAAGUGGUGGGCCCAGUACAUGGAGAGCAUAGGGGAGAUGGAGGCGGCGUUGCAGUUCUACGAGGCCGCGCGGGACUACCUGUCACUUCUGCGCGUGCACUGUUACUUCGGCAACGUGGACAAGGCGUGCGAGAUUGCCAACGAGACGGAAGACAGGGCGGCGUGCUUUCACCUGGCGAGGUACCUGGAGAACCAGGACAAUGUGCUGCAGGCGGUUCACUUCUUCGCGAGAGCGCGCGCGUUUGGCAACGCGAUUAGGGUCUGCAAGGAGAACGAGAUGGACGACCAGCUGUACACGCUGGCUCUGCAAGCGGCGCCUAAAGAAGCGCUUGAGGCGGCCCGCUACUUCGAGCAGCGCCAGGAUGGUCUCGAGAAAGCGGUCACCCUCUACCAGCGCGGAGGAUGGGCUUCCAAGGCAGCCGAACUGGCUCUCCAGGCCGGGGACCUGGGCGCCCUGCAGCAGGCCGCCCAGGAGCUGGGACCUAACGCCGACCCUGUCCUCGUGCGCACCACGGCCGACCGACUGGCGGCGACCGGAAAGCACGAUCAAGCUGUGCUGCUGCUCGCCACCAGCGGACAGAGCGACGCUGCGCUUCAGCUGUGUAUCCAGUCCAACGUGCUCAUCACCGAAGAACUCGCAGACAGGCUUACUGAGGGAAUCGCCACAGACGACAAGGCUAAGCUCCGCGGAGUACUCGAGAAAAUCGCUGAGUGCUGCCUCAAGCAGGACAACUACCACCUGGCAGCCAAGAAAUUCACCCAGGCCGGCGAUAAAGUCCAGGCUAUGAGAGCGCUCCUCAAAUCCGGCGACACACGCAAGAUAGUGUUCUUCGCCAACGUGUCCAGGCAGAGAGACAUCUACAUCUUGGCCGCAAACUACCUCCAGACCCUCGACUGGCAACGAGACGCUGACGCUGCAAAGAACAUCGUCUCCUUCUACACCAAGGCCAGGGCGUUCGACCUGCUGGCCAGCUUCUACGAGGCCUGCGCGCGAGCCGAAAUCGAAGAUCGCCGAGACUACGAGAAGGCCCUGGCGGCCCUCAACGAAGCACACGAGUGUCUGCAGCUGUGCGGCGAUGCGUCCAAGGCGGCCGCGAGGGUCAGAGACCACAUGGACGCCGUUCGAAAGUUUCUCGCCAUCCAGGAGCUGUACGCGGACAGUCCGCUCGAAGCGGCGGCUCAGUGCGAAGCCAUGACCAAGCUCAAUCUGGAGCCGGCCGUGCGAAAGGGAGACUUGUUUGCGUUCCUCGUGCAGCACUACGUGAGUGAAAAGGACUAUGCCGCGGCGAGACGUUGCUUGCAGGAGCUCCAGACGGCCGUGCCUGGAGUCGCGGUGUCCGACUACGUGGACGCUGAAGUGUUGAGGCUUGUCGGUUGGAGCUCGGAUGAGCGCCGCAGUCUUCAGCAGAUGUCGCUGCUCGCGAGGCGCGCCGCCGCUAGCAAUGGCGCCGCCACGGAGGGGGAUGAAGAUCGCUACAGCUCGGACGGUGAGGUACAGGAGGAACUGUUCGACGCACCUUGAACGAAGCGGUAUAAGGCAGUGCCGACUAACCACACUUUGGUCAGUUUUAAGCCAAUUACACAAGCACCUAUAUAUACAUUUCUUUCCUUACGGUAAUGGGGGGAAUGGAAAGUACGGCACUACUAGAUCGAUUUGCAGCUUUUUGUUUUGGAACGAAAAUUUUACUUAUCGAAUAACAGGGCAGCCUGGUACGGCCGCUCCCUGGUUACCUGCGCGAAUGGUCUUUCGCUGGCUACUGCGUAAAAGAGUGGUGCAAAGGGGCCUGUGUUAACAGGCGUCAUGGAAGUUGGUCGCUCUGGUACGAGUUACCCUCACAUCUUCACUAAACAUGUGAAAAAGUGUGGCAAAUAAAACUGACAUGAUCAUCU